AAUUAAAAAAAAUGCCAACUAUUUAGAAUUAAAUUUCCCUAUUGUUAAAAAAUAUAAACAUUUAACAAUAAUUAAUAAAUAAUUGUGAAUGAACGGUUUAAGUUUUAAAUAUAUAAAUGUCGACAGUGUUGUGUAGAAGAUCAAAUAUUAUUUGUAAACUAUAACCUAACCUCACAGAAACAAUGUUUUAAAUUGCGUUUGAAGAAAAUUAAUAAUUGUUUAUAAAUAAGAAUGGCAGACGCAGAAAGAAAUGCUUCUUUACUAAGAAAAAAUGAUAAACAAAAAACUAUACAGAAAACAGUUCGAAGGGGAAGGAGUUCAAGUGGUAAUAGUGGUACUGAUUAUUGCAAAAGUGAUAAAAUGAAUGCUGUAGUUGUUGAUAGUGGAGCAUUUACCAUAAAGGCUGGCCAUUCAAGUAGAGAUAAUCCAACCAUAAUUCCAAAUUGCAUAAUGAAAGCCAAGUCAGAAAGAAAAAGGUUAUUCAUUGGCAAUCAAAUAAGUGAAUGCAGAGACUGUUCAGGUUUAUAUUAUUUAUUACCAUGCGAAAGAGGUUACAUAACAAAAUGGGAUGUACAAAAACCUGUAUGGGAUUAUACGUUUAGCAAAAAUGUUUGCCCUAUUAAUGAUUAUCCUGUCAUUUUGACUCAACCAUUGUUUAAUUUUAAAUUGAUACAGGACUGCAUGGAUGAAAUAUUUUUCGAGGAAUAUGAAGCUUCAUCUAUGCUUAGAUUGAAUCCCACUGACAUGGCUAGGCUUAAGUACAACGAGGACCACAAUUUAACUGAUGAUACACCAGUAUUAAUCAUAGAUACAGGGUUCAGUUUCACCCAUGUGAUACCUUACAUAAAAGGUAAUAAAUAUUUAAAGGGCAUCAAAAGACUGAAUGUGGGUGGAAAACUUUUAACCAAUCACCUCAAGGAUAUUAUAUCAUACAGGCAGUAUAAUGUCAUGGAAGAAACUUACGUAAUAAAUCAAGUAAAGGAAGAUACAUGUUAUGUUGCUGAGGAUGUUAAAGCCGAAUUAAAACUGGCGGAAAAAUACGGCAAAAAAAACAACAUCGUCAAAAAUUACGUGUUGCCGGAUUUCAACAAUAUAAGACGAGGUUACAUACAAGAUCCAGAUAAAGUUGAUGAAGGUGCAGAAAAUUGCCAAAUAUUAAGGCUAAACAAUGAAAGAUUUUUGGUGCCUGAAAUCCUAUUUCAUCCAUCCGAUAUAGGCAUGAAAAGUAUGGGUAUUGCAGAGGCAAUAGUCAAAUCGAUUUUUCUUUGCCCACUGGAAUACCAGAGAGCUUUAGCAAGACAUAUAUUAAUUAUUGGGGGUAAUUGCAAAUUUCCAGGCUUUAAAGAGAGAUUGUUUAAAGAACUAAGAUCAUUACUACCACAUCUUUGGCAUGUAAACAUAUAUCAACCUGAAGAUCCAAUAUUGUAUACAUGGCAGAGUGGCUCUGCAUUGCUUUCUUAUCCAAAUAUUAAGUCACUUUUGGUGAGCAAAAAAGAAUAUGAUGAGCUGGGUUCUGCUCUAAUUCAACAGAGAUUUAACCAUUGGAACAAUUCAAUUGUAGUGGAAAAUGAAGAAGGCAAGACACCUUCGCAACCAUCGCCUUUGGAAGAAUUUAGUUUAAUGAACAAUUUAAAAGGAAAAUCAGUAUUUGGCAAACAUGAUAUAGGAACAAGCAGCAGUGAAACUACCACAAUGACACCCACACCAACAUCAUCUAGAAUUCUUAUUAACUUAAGCGAAAUUCUUCAGGAAGCAGCUUCUGAGCCAGGCAAGGAGGUUGUAGGUGCUCCCGGAACACAGAGUGCAGCUGCAGCUUUUGCCGAAAUUGUGGAAAAAAAUGCCAUUAUUACAACAGCUUCAGCGGCUGCAUUAGCCAGCGGCGCAGCUGUACUACCAAAUGACAACGAAAAUACAAAUGAACAAACUGACCAAGACGGCAUUACAGCCAAAAAAAUUAGGCUCAGAGACAGAAGCACAUCGCAAGACUUCCCCUUAGUGCCACCUCAAGAGGAAGAUCCGUUCGAAAAUUUGGUUCUUUUUCCAUUUGGAAGAAAUUCCUACAUUUAGUAACUUCUUACUGUGUAAUUUAUUUAAAUUAAUUAAAAAGAAUUUCCAAAUA